UCUGCGCGAAAUUCUGCGGAGACCCUCUAUACCGGCGACAAUCAACGCCGGACACUUGCCGUCGCCUCGCACGAUAUAACGACCGGACGGCGCUAGGCCGCUAGUGCGUUGCCCAUCGCAGAGACAGUACAGCCCUGGUCUCUUAACAGCACCACGACGCUCUCCACGCCAGAACCCUUCCCCACCUGUCGUUCUUAUCUUCGUCAAGUCCGCGGGAUAACCCUCACAAACUACCAUGACGCUCUCGGAGACGUUACUCCCUCAACCGCCUUCUUUCCAGAAGAAGAAGGCCUAUGAGAUUCACAAGGUGCUCGGCGUCGGCACUUUCGGCAAGGUCAUGCGCGCGACUUGGCACGUCCCUCCUGGCCAAGUGCACGUCGCGCUUCGGGGAGCAGCAGCCGCAGAUGACGCGGACGUACCCCCAGGCAGUAAACCCUCCGCUUCUCGCACCAGCUCUAGUCACAACCUCAGCCCUUCAUCCUACCUCUCCAACUUCAACAAAUCCUCGAAGAGCAGCACCCACUCAAGCGAGGGGAGCCUCACCGUCGAGGUCGCGCUCAAGGUCAUUCCCAAGAAGAAAGUCAAGGGCAAUGAGAGCAGCGUCUGGAGCGAGAUGGAGGUCCUGCGCGGGCUUGAGCAUCCCAACAUUGUCAAGUUCUACGAAUGGUUCGAGUCGCGUUCAAAGUACUACCUCACGUUCGAGCUUGCCCAGGGCGGAGAGCUGUUCGAACGGAUAACGAAGAGGGGGAAGUUCACAGAAUCAGAUGCAGUACAGGUCGUUCAGUCAAUAUUGUCGGGCGUGAAGUAUCUCCAUGAUCAUGAUAUCGUUCACCGUGACCUCAAACCGGAAAACAUUCUGUACCGGACACCUGACGAACACUCUGACAUCGUGAUAGCAGAUUUCGGCAUCGCGAAACACCUGCACUCGCCAGAGGAGCAGUUGCACUCCCUUGCCGGCAGUUUCGGUUACGUCGCUCCAGAGGUACUCAACAAGACAGGUCACGGCAAGGCUGUCGAUAUCUGGUCAACAGGGAUUAUCACAUACGUCAUGCUGUGCGGUUACUCGCCCUUCCGAUCUGACGAUGUGAAGGAGCUCAUCCGUGAGACGACGGAAGCGAAGAUCGAGUUCCAUGAGCGGUACUGGAGUAACGUGUCCGACGAAGCCAAGGACUUCGUCAAGACGCUGCUCAACCCCGAUCCAGCCAAACGCCCCACAGCGGCAGAGGCACUCCAGCACAAGUGGCUAACCUCGCACCAACCCUCGGACGAACACGACAUCGGCACCGGUCUCCGCGAGCACUUCGACCCUCGCGCGCGCUGGCGCGCCGCCAUCGCCGGCGCACGUGCUCUCCACCGUUUCAAUUCCUCCUCCUCCCGCACCAGUGGCACCAGCGGGAGCAGCGGCGGCUGGCGUACCGGAUCCAUCGCCGUUGACAGCGACAGCGACGACGACAACGGUCACGGGCACCCGCACCUGGCAGGUGCUUCGUCGGGCUCGCGCGAGGAGAACCACUCCGAGAGCGAGUACGUCAAGGUCACCGCCCCAGAGGACUCCGAGUCUGAGCACUCUUCGGUCUCGCCGCUCAGACGCGGCACGGUCGAUGCCCCGCAUGCGGCGCACGAGCUCAGGCACGAACAGCAGGCCGAUGCGCACGAACCCCUGCACGAGCGGGUGCCGACCCCGCUGCACGCCCAAGCCCCCGCUGCGCAUGCGCAGGAAGGUGAGGGGUCGUUGCCGCAAGCUGCAGAACCUCAGCACGAGGAGGAACCCGAGGGAGGGCGGGAGACUCCCGAGCUGCGGAUGCCUGGGUCGUUUGACGUGCAUGUGGACCACCACCACCAUCUCCACCAGUGGGAGGGCGGACUCCUGGGAUUGCUCAAGAAGAUACACAUCAGGCAAUGAUGCAUACGCCGCUGCAUCUUCUCGCGCCUUUUGUGGGCGGAUGAGCGACGUUUCUGCACGGACUGCACUUACUGAUGUCGGACCCUUCGAUUAUUCGUUUAUCCUAAAGACACAUGUUGUGUGUUGUAGAUUGUGGGAGAGGGCACGGCUUCGGGCCGUAGUGUGUAGUGUGCGUGCAGUCCGUGGAUGGCUGGAUAGAUGUCCGAUUCGCUUGGUUUGCCUCAUGUCGCGCACACUCGGUGCAGCCUGGACCUCUGUAUACACACCAUCCUAGUAUAACCAUGAGAGUUGUAUCAUAUGGAUAUACCCUUGGUAAUACCGUGCCCGAUGUCGAGUUGCC